AUGAUGACUUCGAGUACGACCGAGUCGGGCGUCUUGCCUGCACCCCCUGGUGUUGAGACAGACUUCAGUGGUGACCGAACCGGUCUUCAAAGUAGGAUCAUCGUGGUGUAUGUCGUGAUGACGAUACUUUCCACCAUCGUGCUUGGACUACGACUGUAUACUCGCAUCUUCAUCCGCCGUAUGACAGGGCUGGACGAUGCGCUGGUAGUCCUCAGUUGGUGCGGCUGCAUAGGAUGGAUGGUCGUAUGUUUCCAAUCUUUCCAGUAUGGGUUCGGUCAGCACCUCUGGAAUGUGACUAUGGAGCAACUGAUGGGCUACACGAAGAUGCUUGUCGGCAUCAUGGUGGUGUAUGUUUGGACACCAGCUCUGGCCAAACUCUCAUUGUUAGCACUCUACUACCGUCUCAAUCCGGACCGGAAAGUCCAAGCAUCCAUCUACGCAUUGGCAGUCCUAGUCACCGGAUACUCAUUGGCUAUCACCAUCGUCGCCGCCGGACCAUGUAAUCCGCGAACGCACACCGACCAAAAGUGUCUUACGGAUCUCAACCUGUUCAUGGCAUGUAUAAACAUUAUCACAGACUUCUUGAUCCUCUGUCUGCCGAUACCUAUGUUGCGCGCGUUGCAGUUGCCCAUCAAACAAAAGGUAUUACUGGGUUUGGUGUUCGCUCUGGGAUCUGGAGUGGUCGUCAUAUCCACUGUCCGCAUUAUAUAUGUCUACAGUAUGAUCAGUGAUCCUGACUCGACUUACAACGUGGCCAAAGCGUGCAUUUUCUCUACAGUCGAGCUCAACGGCGGAGUCAUUUGCGCUUGUAUCGCGCUCUUGAAGCCUUUCAUACAGAAGUAUAUGCCCUGGAUACUUUCCCUCUCGAGCGGAAGCGGGAGCGGAGACGGAUCCAGAAUUCGCAAACUGAAGAUGUUUGUGAAGCGAAGUGGAGAGAAGAGCUAUGAACUCCAAAGCGCAGAUGCAGAUGCGACCAAGCAUAUCGAUAACAGAUUGGAUCGCCGGAUCGCCGUAACAAGAUCAUACAGUGUUUCGGGUUCGAAGACAGGUAAAAGCGAUGGCGACAGCAUGGAGGAUCUCUUUGCGCCGACCGCAGGCUGGAAUGGUGGUCGAUAA